AGCCUGAGCGUCGCUCGAACACGCCAAACCGGAACCGGAAACGAGCCUGUGGACUUCCUUUGUUUUGUCAGACGAGCAGCAGAAAGCAGGAAGAUGGGACCGAUACCGUCAAAAUGGAUUCAACUGCUAUUAGUUUGUUUCUUUUAUUCACGUGUAAGCUGUAGUUCAGUGGAGCAGAAGAUUUAUGUGGUACUGAACAAUACAACUCCAUGUGUCCGACUUCUCAAUGCCACUCAUCAGAUCGGCUGUCAGUCAUCCAUAUCAGGAGACACUGGGGUUCUUCAUGUGCUGGAGACGGAGGACGACCUGGAUUGGAUCGUCAGAACCGGACCUCAUUCUCCAUACGUGGUGCUCAUGGAGUCCACCGCACUCACCAGAUCCACUAUGAUGAGUCUAAAGAACUCAACCCGGGUUUCAGGAGUGGCAGUCGUUCACAAGAGCACACCUUCAGACCAGGGAUUCUCACCUCACACGUCCUGCCCCAACCAGAACACGGGCGUGUACACUGAGGAUUACGGCCCUGACCUGGCCAACUGCAACACUACAGUGUGGAACCCUCUGGGAAACGGCUUGUCCUAUGAGGACUUUCCUUUUCCGAUUUUCUCUCUCAAGGAUGACAACGAGACACAAGUCAUUCGCCAGUGUUAUGAGGAUCACAACAAGCGUGUGAACGGAAGUGCUCCUAAGUACCCACUGUGCGCCAUGCAGCUCUUCUCUCACAUGCAUGCCGUCACAGACACAGUGACCUGCAUGCGACGCACGGACCUGCAGAACAGCUUCAGCCUCAACCCGGAGCAGCUUUGCGAUCCUCUGUCGGACUUCAACGUGUGGGCGACCAUCCGACCCAUUAACGCCACCGCCAUGGGACACAAGAAGAACGAGAGCAUGGUCAUUGCAGCAACCAGGUUGGAUGGGAGAUCGUUUUUCUAUGACGUCGCUCCAUCAGCCGAGGGAACAGUGUCUGGCAUUGUGACGCUUCUGGCCGCCGCCGAGGCCCUUCGCUCGGUCGCUCAAAUGGCUCCGCCCCCACGCAAUAUUUUCUUCGCGUUUUUCCAGGGGGAAACAUUCGAUUACAUCGGCAGCUCCCGGAUGGUGUAUGAUAUGCAGAAAAAUAAAUCGGUGAUCGAUUUUGACAACGUGCACUCGUUUCUGGAGAUCGGCCAGGUGGGGCUAUGGAAUCAACAGCAGCUGUGGAUGCAUUCGGAUCCUGUAUCUCGGAAAAACAAAACGGUGAAUGAAGAGGUUACAUCUCUGGUGGCCAACAUCAAGUCCGCAGCCUCCAUGUUGAAUCUCUCAUUGGAUGAACCCAAUGCCACUCAGGCCUUACCGCCCUCCUCCUUUCAGCGCUUCCUGAGGGCACGGCCAAUCCCAGGACUGGUGCUGGCAGACCAUCGAUCCUCAUUUACCAACAGGUAUUAUGAGAGUCUGUACGACACAGCAGAGUACCUGAACGUGAGCUACCCUCCCAACCUGAGCCCAGAGGAGCAGCUGGAGUACGAGACCGAGACUGCCAAGUCUCUGAGUAAAGUGGCUACUCUGGUAGCUCGCUCACUGUAUAAGCAGGCUGGAGGGGAUGACAGCGUGCUCAAAAACAUUACAGCUGAGCCAAAGACGAUGGCCAAGUUGUUGUAUGGCUUUCUGGUGAAGUCUAAUAACAGCUGGUUCCGUUCCCUUCUGCCCCCUGACAUGGUGUCAAGAGAACGCAAUCCCAUCUUGGCUUCAGGCCCUCCUCAGUACUAUGUCAGCUUGACGCAGACCCAACAACCAAAGAGCGUGACCACUUUCGUGAGGUACAUUCUGGCCAACAUGACCGGAACUGCCACCAUCCUGAACCAGAGUCAGUGCCAGAAUCCAAAAGACAUUCCCGGCGAGAACAGAGAUCUCUACGCAUACGAGUGGGUGUCUGGCCCUGCAUCAGAGAACCACACGGCAGGGGAACCAUUUUGUGUCCGUGCACCUGUGCGCAUUGCUAGAGCGGUGUCCCCCGCCUUCGAGCUCCGACAGUAUGGUUCCAGGGAGUACUCCACGUGGACAGAGUCUCGCUGGAAGAACAUUGGAGCGCGUAUCUUCCUAGUCGCAAGUCCGCAGUUACAGAUGCUAACACUAGGGGUUGGGAUCGCUGUUUUGCUGGUUUCUAUCUUGGUGACGUACUUCAUCAGCUCGAAGGCAGACAUUCUGUUCAGUUCUGCGCACGAUCCCCCGAAUACCACCUACUGAACACGAUCCUGCUCAACCCGCUGACGAUCUCGCACUCCCCUACCUUCAUACAGACUUUAUUACCACUAUCCCGUCUCCCAUGUUAAUUUAUAACUCAGUACCACUUUUCCGUCUCCAGCAUUACAAGCGUCGUGUGCAGGAAUGUUUCUUGAUAAUGCAGACCUGCGAACCUUUAAAUAACUUUAUUCCAAACUGGUAAAGAAAACGCACCAUAAUAUUUAAAGACUUUAACUACACCUGGUUACACUGGACUGAACAUGACAUAAGGCCAGGUUUACAGAAUGGACAGGAAACAUGGGUAGGAGGAACAUGUGUGUAAAAUCAAUUGUUUUUUUGUUUUUUUUUUAAAGUGCAGAAUUUCCAUUUGUGCUCACUGUACUUUACUCAGUUUGGCACUAAUCCGAAGUUUGUUUGUUGUUUGUUUUAGCCUUGUUUUUGCUGAUUUGUGUCCGAAUAUUGAAUAUUAAUGAAGCGGUUUGUAAUUUUUAGAGCCUUCUGUUAUUUGCAGUUACAAAAAAAAAUACCAACCGCUUCUUUAAUGUGUGUGUGUGUGUGUGUGUGUGUGUGUGUGUGUGUGUGUGUGUGUGUGUGUGUGUGUGUGUGUGAGAGAGAAUGUUAUGAAUGAUAGGAUUGUAUGAAUCUUGAUCAGUCGUGUAUCUGCAAGCAGUAUGUUCAAUAGUUGUACCAGAUUUUCUGAACGAGAUGUAAGAUCACUACUAAACACUAGGUCUCAUGGGAAAAGACACCCACAGCAUUUUUUUCUUUUUUUUUUGUUGUUUUACACAUUUUCUGUAACAGUAAAUCUCUGCAGUUCCCAGAGCUUCGUAUUAAUCGGUUUGUGAACAGUGAUCAACCAAAUCCAGAGUAGAUGAAAUGAUUUAAUGCCUCGUGUUAUUGUUUUGGUUUGUAUUUUUUCUUUUCAGUGAGAACGAAUGAGAGUAGAGCUUGAUAUCUUGAUUGCAGAAUAAACAUGGAUUAUUUGACAAAA